AUGUCCGCUGCCCCUGCAACGGAUGGAUCCUCUGAGAACUGUGGUAAAGGCAUUACAAGGCCCAAGGUUAAGAAAAAGGCCCUCUCUGGUGAUGUGACUUUACCAGCAGUGUCUGCGGCCCGACCUCUGUUUAGUCACAGGUCCAUUCUCAGAAAUGUCCCCUCAGACGAACCUCUGUCAGGGCUGGAACUACCUCGUCUUAUAGCCCAAGUAGGACCUGCGAUAGCCAAACGUGAAAGAAAAUGGACAGAAGGACCUGGACUGAUGGCCUUAGCAUUAGGGACUGACAUCCCUAUCAGAGCGACUCAGUCGACAGCGCAGAGUCUUACAGAUAAAGAUGAACCAGCGACAGUCACAGCAUGUAAGGAUAAAAAGAUAAUGACUGCGAAAGAUGGGAAAGCGACCAGACCAAGUAAAUUUCCUCUUACUGGCAUUGAGGUUGUUCAAAUCUUUGCCCAGAAAAGAGACCCAGAAGACUUUGAGCUUUAUUUUCUGAAAGAAGCAGAUAGGGCUGCUUACAGACCCUAUGACCUGCGAGUGGUCCAAUCCAGUGAUGCUGGUUCAGAGCACUAUUUGUUCUCUUCCAAAACUGUUGCACACAUGACAGAGAAGGGUUGUGAUGAAAUUGUCAGUCUGGGAAGGUGGUACCAAGAGUGUGUGUUGUGGACAGCUCUGCAGGAAAUCCCUUUUUUCAGGGACUUCAGACUGCGGAAGGCUUUCAUCUGGUGGCAUAAAAAUGUGCGCAAAAUCAUUUUUCAGCGCAAAUGUAAGAAUCUGCAGGAAAUGCUUCUUAUAGCUGUACCUCAGUUUAGAAAUGCUCUUCAUCUGUUCACCAGGCUUAUUGAAGAAGUAAAAGGGACACACCGGAUGCCUCUAGAUGACUCUAGAACCUACACAUUGCUGCAGUUCAAGGAUGUACUGAUAACCAACAAUCAAGAGUGUCUGCAGGUUUUGCAGAAGUUAUCACAGUGUCGUACUGUUAUCCUAAAUGCGGUGAAGGAAGAAAGCUAUAAGAAACACCAGGAGUUGCAGCUGCAAAUAAAAAGUGCUAAAUGGCCAAAUAGAUGCUCGGAACCCAUUCACCUGCAUCUGGCUCACCAGCGUGAGCUGAAGAAAGAGCUGGCCCGGUCUAAAGGCAUCCUGCAGAAACUAGGAAAUUUUGCAGCACUCAUCCAUGAAAUGAUUGUUCAGAGUGUCGUCACCAUCAUCCAGCAAGAUGCCAUUUCUUUUCUCAGUCUUUUAAAGAGGAGGAAAUCUCAGAGCUGUGUCUUCCACACUGAGCUGUGUUUGAGUGCCAAAAAUCUGCUGACUUUGGACCCACCGAUACAUCUGUUCCAAGAAACAGUGAGUGAAGCACUUCUGAGUGUUGGCGACUCUAUUGUUCAGAUGUGUGAGAAUUGUGGAUUCUUCCUGGAGAUAACCAACAGUGAGUUCACAUCUGCCCAGGAUUUAUCCUCAGACGCCAGCUGUAUCCAACAUUCUGCAUCUAUAGGAGAGAUGAACAACGAUAGGAUGACUCAUCGAUGGCUCAGAGACAUGUCAGUGGUGCUGCCUGAAGAGAAUUUUCCAGUGGUGCAAUGCAACAUGGUGCGUGGUUCCUACUAUCCUCUGUCCAAAACACAAGUGGAGUGGCAGAUUAGCAGCAAUGACAUUACAAAGCAAGUUGAGGAAGCACAGGCUAAGACCAUGCAGGAAGCUGAACUGGAAAUCCGGCAGCUAUGUGAGAGCUAUGCAUGGUUGGUGGACAUCCAUUUGUUUGUUGGCCAGUGGAGUCUAGCCUAUUUGGAAUCCAUGAAAGGUCAACCUGCUUUGCUUUAUGAGGAACACUUUAAGAAGACGCGCAACUGGACUGAAAGAAUCAACACAGCUGACUCGUUGAUCUCGACCUCCAACCAACUGUUCAUUGUUGACUGCACCUUCACAAAGGAAACUCUAGGACGAAAACUAAGGUCCGUUGAGGAGGAAGUGCUGCAGCAGCUAGUUGAGCAGAUCAAGCUGCACUCGGAGAAUGUCAUAUCAGACUUGGAGAGGACGACUGCUGAACUCAAGACAGAACCACAAGACUUACAUGACUUCUCACAAUAUGCUCUUUUGGUGAGGGAAUCUGUGAAAAUGUUGGCUGACGUACAGAGACGGUUGGAGUACAUUCACUCCCUCCAUACCGCGAUGUGCCUGACCCAUAGGAAGAUGACAGAGCAGGAGCUGAGUUUGGAAGAAAAGAUGCUGGGCCUGUGGAAUUCCUUUAUUCCCCUCUUGAAGCAAGCAGACAGUGUUGUGCGCCACCGUCUUCCUUCAGCAGCUAAAGAAUUGGACACAAUGUUCUCGUGCUUGGUCUGUGACCUUAAAAAUGUAGUCUCUCAUGCUACAUCUGGACCCUUUCUUGACUUGAACCAGAAUGCCACAGAGAUGGCCUCUAAACUGAACGACAUGUGUGCACAUGUGCAGACUCUGAGUGCAAAGCUGAAACAGCUUAAUAUUAACAGUCAAAACUUACAAGAGCAUACAAUGGAUUUGUCUAUUCUGACAACAGAUGCUCAGAAGGUCACAGCCCGCAAAGAGUUGUGGGAGCUGAAAGCUGCGUGUGCUACGUGGUUGGAAGAAUGGAAACGGCUGCUUUUCAGUGAGGUUGUGGUGUCGCAAGACCAGGCAAAAAUUGCCAUGUGGAAGGAACAAGCUCAGUCUUUGACAAAUAUCAUACCCCCCCAUGAUGCAGUGCUGCAAGAGACUUUAGAAGUCCUAGAGAACUUUAACCAUCACCUCAAAUUCCUGGCCAAGCUGCAGAGCCCCACACUUAAAGAAAAACACCGGAGAGCUAUGUUCCAAGACAUGGGUCUGCUGUAUGCCCCAGAGAACAAGGUGACUGUCGCUGAUCUCAUGUCUCUGCAACUUGAAACUCAUGAGGAAAUGAUUAACAAAAUUUACAGGGAUGCACAAACAGAGGAGAACAUGGAGCAGACCUUCCAAAAGCUUUGCCAGGGAUGGAAAGUCAGACUCUUCCAGCUGGAUGAAUUCACUCUCCCUGUUUGGCAGCACUGUGAGCCACAGAAUGGAUUAUCAAAGAAGGAGAAGCCCACAGAAGGCAUCGUCUCAAAUGUUCAAACUGCGAGUCAAAACUUCUGCGAUGAUUCAAGAUUCACCAUAACCGGUCUGGACGUACUCCUUGUUGAGACAGAGAAUGAUGUGAUGACUCUGUCCACCAUGUUGACGUCCCCACACAGUGCUGAGUUCAGGCUGCAGUUAGAGGAUUGGAUUAAGUCGCUACAAAAACUUAAGAAUCUGCUGGAGUUAUUUGAAAGAUAUCAGCAAAUGUGGGCCUUUCUGACUAAGAUGUUUAGUGAUACAUCCUUUGGUGAUCAGAGAUUAGAUCUGCUGAAUCGUUUCCAGCCAGGUGAUGAGACAUUUAAGGAAGUGAUGGCUUCUGUAUCAGCUGACCCUUGUGUGUUGAACUUUAGCAAGACAAGCAUCAAACUUCAUGGUGAUAGCCUUUGCCAGAUUCUCUCUGAUGGUUUGUCUACAAUGGAAGCAAUUUCCAAUCAGAUGUCGGAUUUCCUUGAAGCCCUCCGUGCACAGUAUCCAAGACUCUGGCUCCUGAGUGACAGGGAAGUGAUGAAGCUGCUGUCUUUUCACCCAACACCUUUUACACUGCAGCCCUUUGUGCGCAAAUUCUUUAAAGGGGUAUGCAGGCUUGAAGUGGACUGUGAAAUACCAUCUAACACAAGAGAUGUACAGAGCUGUGGGGCUACGUCUGAAAGCCACAGGCAGAUGAAGGUGAUGGGGGUUUUUGGAAGCCUCAACGAACACAUUGCCUUUCAGUCUCCUUUGGAACCAAACCUUGAUGCCUUGGUUUGGCUUAGGCUCUUUGAGAAACAAUUGAAGUUGACCAUGAUGCAACUCAUGAAACAGUGUGUUCUUGUGCGAAACCAGCAUAAACCAUCCAGUCAACUUUUACCUUGUGACAUCUACAGUGCUGACAGGACAAAAAAUGCCCAACUUGUGCUAGAGCUUAUUUCUGAAUAUCCUCUUCAGUGUCUGCUGGUGGCUGAGGAGGCAGUAUGGUGCAGUGUUGUUCAACAAGCUUUCCAACAGUCAAAUCCUGUGACGUUAGGAAACAUAAAGACAUACAACUCUGCAAAGCUGGAAAACCUUGGACGUUCCAUAAGAGAUACAGUCCCAGGGUGUCAAAGUGGAUCUCUUAUUUCCAAGUACACAAUGAUGUGCCUGCGUGCUUUAUUGCAGCGUACAAUGAAUCAUGCACAGCAGCUAUCUCAACUCAUGGAGGUACAGUGUGCGAUGGAAACGUCUUUUGAGUGGCUUAGUGUGAUGAAGUAUCACGUAAACUCAGAAGAUCAGAAAGACGGCGAUGAUCCGACUUGUUACGUGGAUGUUUUGGGCCAUCACUUCCAAUAUGGCUUUGAGUAUUCUGGUCCAGAAGACUGGGUGAUGGUGAAUACUCCUUCCACAGAUCAGGCGAGGCUGGGGAUUCUUCUCGCUCUGUCAAGCUACAAGUGUGGGUUUGUGAGUGGACCUUCCAUGUCUGGAAAGAAAAAAGUUGUGGUGCAGUUGGGAAAAGCGCUGGGACGACAGGUUGUCAUUUUACAAUGUUGUCCAGGCAUGAGGCCUGGUGUUAUUCAGCAGAUGUUGCUGGGUGCUCUCCAAACAGGAGCAUGGCUUCUGCUCAACUCUGUGGACUUACUAACACCAAGUAUCUUGUCCUUCCUGGGACAGCAUCUAGCAGACAUACACCGAUCCUUCUACGAAUUAAGAAAACAUCAGAAUCAAAGACUAAAUGACGAGCCAGAGGACAAAACCGUUGAGAGGGUCACAGGUUGCACAAAUAUGGUUAAUCCAGAAUGCCAUAUGGUACUUGAAGGGAAAAGCAUUUCUGCCAGCCUCAACUAUGGAUGUGUUCUUAUCUCAUCAAAAGGGCACGCAUCCAAGAUUCCAGAGAGUCUGCGAUUUGCAACUAGACCUGUGUCCUUAAUGCAUACGGAUUACAGGAUUAUUGCAGAAGUAAUGCUGACAUCCAUUGGAUUCUCAGAGGCCAUGUCUUUAAGUCAGCGUCUGGUGUCCCUUAUCAGCCUGGCCAUAGAUUCCCACUGUCUACCUGAUCAUUUCACUGAUGACAAGAGCUGCUUUCUUGGUGUCUUGCAAAAGAUCAUCUGUGCUUCUGAAAUGUACUUUCAACAAACUGUACGACAACAAGCAAUUUCAAACGAGGCUGAAGGGUCAGCUGCCAAACACACUGAUCUUACGACUUCACAAAAAACCGUCCGACUUUCUGAGAAGGAUAGAAAAGAAACUGGAAAGCUUUCCAAGAGACAAGAGGAAGAGACAGCUAUUGUCAAAGCAGUUUUGUCUGUCUUGAUUCCUGUGGACAUGAAAACCUCACAGUUCUACAUCUUUUUUAGGGACACGUUCCCUAUAGCAUCUCAAGUUCCUCUUUUCCAACAAUAUAUUGAAGAAGCAGAAAAGAACCAACUUCAAGAUGCAAUUACAGAAGAAUUACAACAAAAACAGUUUUAUUGUGACACAAACAUAAUUUGCAGUGCUGUAACACUCUACCAGACUUUGAAAUUCUCUCAGGCAGUUAUGCUCAUAGGCCCCUCAGGUAGCGGGAAGACAACCUGUUACAGUACUCUUGCUGGAGCAAUAAAUAGUCUGGCUGCCAAGGCAGAUAAAUAUGUCUCUGAAAAGGACAGAGUGAUUAAAGGAGAUACUCCACAGGCACAUCCACAGAUCUCUGCUUCAGACUGGAGUUCUGUCGACACUUUGGUCUUAUUUCCCAAUGCCAUGUUCCAUGAAGAGAUAUUUGGCUGCUUCUGUGAAAACACAGGAUGGCAAGACGGAGCCGUUGCAAAGGCGCUGAGAGAUUCAGAACGACAUGAGCGCACAUCUUCUGAAACCAGCAACAAAAAGGAUGAAAGUGAUGAGACGCCAUUAGUGAAGUGGCUGAUAAUGGAUGGAGAGCCUGUGGGAAAGCCUGGCUGGUUAGAUUACUUAACCACACUGUGCAAUUCUCAGGAUCCAUUUCUGUGUCUGUCAUCAGGUGAAACAUUGCUGUCUCACUCAUGCCUCAAGCUGCUUUUGGAGAUCACUGACCUACGUGAUGCAAACCCAUCCACAGUGACCCGCUGCAGUCUUGUUUAUUUCACAGGUACUGAUCUGUGGAAGUCCAUCUGGAAGAGUGAACUGAAAGUUCUCUCUUUCAAACACAAACUCAGUCAAGGAAUUGUGAGAAUGUGGAGUAGUCUGGCUGAAGAUCUUUUUUCCAGCACACUUAGUUUGCUUGGGAAACAAGCUUUUACCUCUGCAAUCCGUACUGACAGAGAAAUUUGUAAAAGCUCCACAGAUGGACUGCAAGAAGUCAUGUCAUUUAUUAGAAUCCUUCAUGCCCUCCUGCAACAUUUUCAGAAGGCAGUGGAAAAAUCUGACGCAGUGCUUCAAAUAGACAAAAAAGACACAGAUCCCCAAAGUGAGCAAGAUUCGCUCACCAGAAACCUUUUUCUUGUGGCUUAUGUUUGGGGAUUUGGUGGACAUCUGCCUUCCUGCCACUGGCCACAGUUUGACUCCUUAGUUCGCCAAGUGCUCUUCACCUGCAGGUACAAAAUUGUGGUUCCUGAUGAAGAGAACGUAUUUGACCACUUUUUUAACAUCGACAGUAAGAUGUGUCCCAAGAACCCGCUGUUGACAAAGUCCAUCAUUCCCAAGCGUGGGGAAUACACAUAUCUUCUGAAGCUCAUGUUGGAGGCAAAUCAGCCAGUACUGCUUGCAGGAGAGCCCGGUUCUGGAAAAACUACUCUGUGCAAAACUUUGCUAACUUUUGACAAGCCGCACAUUAGUCUUCCAGCCAGUCCACUACUGAGCUCCAGAGACCUGCGUGUUAUACUGAAUAGCAUCAACUGCCAGAAGAACUGCAAAGACACUAUGGACUCCACGACAAAGCGACGACGCCUGCUUCUGUUUGUGGACGAUUUGCAUGAAGCCCCCUGUGAUGUCUUUGGGGAGGCGUCAAUGGCUCUAGAGACACUACGGCAGAGUAUUUCCAAGGGGGAGAUUCUGACAUUGGACACUUACCACCUCAAGUUGUUGAGUUCUGCAACUAUUAGCUACAUGGCUACAUGUUGUGUGUCUGAGUUGGGCAGCUCCCACAAUAAUGUGAUAUCCCCGCGACUCUCACGCCUGUUCUCUAUCUUUGUGCUCCCUAGCCUAUCUCUGGAAGUUAUAUUGUCUACACAGUCUCCCUGGAUAAAAAUGUGGCUCAAAGAAUUACCACUUGAGCACUGUGGUGACGAUAUGUUGAAUUGUAUCAUCACUGCUACUAAACAUCUGUAUCAUGCAGUAUGUGACCAAUUCCAGCCCACUCUGCAGAGGCCCCAUUUCAUAUUCUCCCAUCGUGACCUUCAGAAGGUGUUUCAGGGGAUGAGCCUGUCGCAGACAGACACCUCAAACACAGAGACAAUCAAGAAAAAGGAGAAUUCACAGUCGAGCUUUCCUCCUGUCCUGUCACGGCCUUCAGCAUCAAUUCUUAACGUAGUACAUCUCUGGAUGCAUGAGUGCAUGCGUACUUUCAGUGACAGGUUGUGCACAGAGGAUGAAAGAAAAACUCUUGUGUCACUCAUAGGCAAGACUGCAGCAACGCACUAUGGAAAUAAAUUGGGUGAUGCAAGCCACCCUGACAGCAGUUGUCAGCCAAUAGCUCAGAAUCCAGAUACUCAAGAUCUGCCUCAAGCACCAAAACCAUGUGAGCAGUCAGACCUGAUGGGAGGCCCUACACUGGCUAAACCUUUCCCUCCGUCUGAAAACAUUUGCUUAGAAAAGGAAGGCCUUCAAACUGACUCUCUGCAACCACAGAUUCUUCAGCAUUCAGAGGACAUAAUGACAAGGCUUUUAUAUGGUCCUGAGCUCUCUGAGACCCUGAGGUCUGUGAACCAGCAAUACAAAAUUAAAUGCAGCUGCUCUUAUCAAGCACAAGAAGUUGAUGUACUGCUGCAAGAGCUGUGUGCAUUUAUGGACAGAAAAGAGGAAGCUGAAAAUGACUGCGACAUUACGACAAGAUACAUGGUGCACAGACAGGGGGUGAGCCAGCUGUUUCACAUCCUCAGGGCUUUACUCUUACCUGGAGGUCACGGAGUACUGAUCGGGUCAGACAGAGGAACUGGCCGGAAAACCACUGUGCGUUUAGCUGCUUACCUCACAGGCUGUCAGUUGAUAGAGGUACACUCUGGUAAUGAAAAUAAGUUGCAUGAAAUCCUGAAAGAAGCUGGGAAUCGAACUAGACAGGAUGGAGUUAAAGUCAGCCUACUUGUCCAUGAGGAAAUCAGUCAACCUGUCAGAGAAGAAUUACUGGUGGCGAUGGCCCACAGAGCCUAUCCACCGCUCUAUACAGAGGAGGAGCUGAGGAACCUUGUUUCCAGAGUGACUGCGGUGAAGAACUCAAGAAGAUACCUUAUGGACUGUUGGAUGUUUGAGAAGAACUUGAGCCAAGUCCACAGAAAUGUUCACGUGUUUCUGCUGAUGCCUUUCACCACGACAAACUGCGGUGAAAUACCUCCAAACGAUGAAGCUCAACGUUGGACUGCACAAAUGGCCAAGGCUCUGAGGCUCAGCUGCUGUGUGGAGGUGUAUCAGCCGUGGUCCAACGAGUCUUUAGUGGAAGUUGCUUCUCAGUGCCUCAAGAUCAGUCCCUAUAAAAUGGCUCGAGAAGACUCCAAGGUCAGCCUGGCUGUGGCGAUGGCAGGAAUCCACCAGUCUGCGUGUCAGUAUGCUUCUGUCCUUCUGACUGCUCAACCUUUCAGUCCGAGGACUUAUACGGGGUUCAUUGCCCAGUUUGGUUAUCUCUGCAGCCACCUGCACAAGGAAUGUCAGAUGAAAACCAACAGAAUUGCCUCUGUUCUGUCUCAUUUGGAUGUCCUGACAGCUAUACAAUGCAAACGAAACUUACUGCAAAAUAAGGUUGCUGAGACAAAGCAGCGUGAGAGAGAGCUCCUUAGAGCUGUGGAUGAUCAGCAGAGCCUGUUUGGAGAAGCCUGUGAGAAAUGUGUAGUAGAGGAAGACAAACUGAAUCGCAUUCAAGAACAGGUUAAACAUGCUAAAAAACAGAAAACAACUGUGUUCCUGUCACGCCUCAAGAUUCUUAAUCUUCUUAAUCCAUCUGACCUGGAGGAGGUGCGCCACUACAGAGAUCCACCUGAUGGCGUGGUGAAAGUUAUGGAUGCUGUUUGUUUGCUGUUUAAUCGUCCACCAGGCUGGGAGAGUGCCAAACAACUUCUUGGACAAUCCAACUUUUUCCAGGAGUUGGAAUUUUUUGACCAUAAUAGUUUCACAAAUGAACAACUGCAGCAGCUUGAACAGAUAGUUGACAGUCCCCAGUUUGUACCAGACUCUGUGCGUGAGGUCAGUAAGGCCUGCGAAUCCCUGUGCCUGUGGGUCCAGGCUGUGUACGGACUGUUGGUCAGGCAAGACUUCGAGGCGUUGGCCAGAGAGGCGCAAGAUCAACUACAGCUGGCCAGUCAGCACAAGAAGGAAGCAUAUGACCAUCUGGAGGAUGUUAAGCUUCAGCUGCAGUUUGUGCGAAGUCACUUAGAGGAGCAACUGCAGGAGCUGCACGAAGCUGAGAGUACAGAAGCUGCUUUAUUAACGGAGCCCGUGGAGAUGUUUGUCAGAGACUGGAGGGCUGCAGCUCAGGAGGCAGAGUUACGAAAUCAAAGCGUACCAGGGGAUGCCCUUAUCCUGGCUGCAAUCAUCUCCUAUUUAGGCCCCUUUGCACCUGAUAUUCGCACAGAACUGCUGAGCAAGUGGAGGGUGCUGUGCCAGACAGGAAGCAUCAACGUAAACCCCAAGGACCCCAGAACCUCCCUGUUUACAGACUUUGACGCUGCACCUCUCAUCCACUGUCCUGGUUUUCCCAUCCCUGUCACUGAGAGGCUGCAGCUGCCUCUGGGUCAGGUAUUAGGGAUGAACGAGUGGCAACUUGAGGACACACUUUCUGCCAGACUGGUGGUUAAGCUGUUGCUGUGGGGUUACAGAGGUGGCUAUGUCCAGCGUUGGCCUCUACUGGCAGACACUCAGCAACACCUUGAGAUAAGCUGUCAAAACUGGCUUAUCACAGGAGAGAAUGCUAAACUUGAGAAGGAGACGGAGUUUGGGAUGGUGGUUUGUGCAGAUGAUCCAGAGCUGCUGGACAAGCUGGACCAGGCUGCUGAAAAAGGUUUGAGAGUUCUAGUCACUCACAUGGAACGUGCAGUCCCUAGUCCUCAGUUUCUGGACAAACUGGCACGCCCUGACAAAUGUUGCUUCCCAGCAUUAAAGCAGCCUGUUGAGCUGGUCCACCCUGACUUCUGCCUCUUCCUCAGCACCCAUCUGCCUGUCAGACUACUUGUCAGUGAGAUCCAUGCAUCCAUCUUGGCUCGAGUACAUGUGGUUGACCUCUCUCUGAGCUCAGAAGAGAUUCAAGAGCUGAUGCUGACACAGCUGCUGCAGUCUGAGUGUAAAGAACUGCUGAUUCAAACCUUGCGAUUCCAGAAUUAUAAUCACUUGCUGCAGGAGAAACUCGUCACAGAAAAGGAUGCUCUGAUGGACUACAUCCUGCAGUUUGAUAACGUUCUGCAAGACCCAGGUUUUUCUCCUCGUGCGGCUGUUUGUCUCGAUGUGGUGAAGAAACUGCAGGCUGAGAUGAAGCGGCUGCGUGAGGAGCAGGACCACCACAAAUCCCUGCUGGCUGCUCCCCUCCAGUUAGUGAGGCUGGCAGCUGCCCUGUACGAGGCUCUGCAGGCGGUGUCCCGUCUGUCCCCCGCUUAUCACUUUUCUCUACGUGGCUUCAUCAAAGUAAUGCAAGAGGCUUUCACUGUAAAGGGAAGGCCAUUGGUGUCAUAUACGAUUGGGAAAGUGCCAGGGAGCUUAAUACCAGAGAUCAUGAACAGGAUGGUGGUCCAGCUAUUGGUACAAUACAGGCCUUGUCUCUUCAAGAGCCAUGCUCUGGUUCUGAAGCUGCUGGUGUCUUUGGCUCUGCUGCAGCACAAUCAGCUUUGCUCUGAAGCUGAGAAGCUGGUCUUCCUCAGGGGCCUUACAGACAGAGAGCAUCCUGAAACUAAAGUCAAACCCUGCCCCUCUGCCCACAUGGUUCCACAGUCCAGCAGUGCUCUGCCCAGCUGGAUAUCACCUUGUGUCCACUCAGAGCUUCUCUGCUUGGAAGAGAUCCCUUCUUUCAAAGGGCUGAUUGCCUCACUCUGCGCUUCCCCCAAACAUUGGCAGGAGUACCUGCAGUUCCCUUCCUCUACUGUGGUGGGUACUGUUCCCUGCCGCUCUCACUCCCAUCUCUCCUUGCUGCAGCGGGCUCUACUCUGGAAAACCAUGCUGCCGAACUGCCUGGAGGGAGUAGCUGAUGACAUAAACGCCUGCCUGCUCUGCCUGUGUGGAGAGUCAGCAGGGACUGAGGUCCCUCACAUUGGGAAUCCAGAGGCCCUCUCACGAUAUGUUGUCAAACAUGAGGGACCCAUCAUUCUUGUACUGCCCAGUCCAAAAGAUGAUAAGUGGAUAAGCAUCCUGCCUCUUCAGUUAAUACACCAAAUGGCCCACUGUGUUUCAGAAGACAAAGAGGUUGAGGUGAAAGUAGUUUCUGUUGGGGGACUGCGUGAUGGUGAGCUCAUCCUUUCAAUGCUGGACAAAGCCAUUAAUGAUGGCCACUGGUUGGUUUUCAACAACUGCCAUCUGCUGGAGCAAUGGGAUGAGAAAGUAGUGGCUCACCUGAGACACCUGAUCUCCUCUGUGAAAGAGGAGCCCUGCCUGAUUCACCCGUGCUUCCGAUUGUGGUUUGUAACUGAAGAAAAUGCGUCACACCUCAUACCAGCUGCAGUGCGAAUCUGUGCCCUGCCUCUGGUCUGUGACUCUCCUUGGGAUCUGAAGGAGGAGCUGAGCUGUUCUUUGCGACAGGUGGCAUUUGUCAAUCAGCCUCCACCACGGCCAGAUUUCACAGCCAGUGAUACGGAGUUGCUCCUCCGCUGUGCCAUCUUCCACUCUGUCUUGCUACAGAGACAGACCUAUAAAUACUCAGGCCAUGGACAAAUCUAUCAUUGGAGUCAGGAGGAUCUCCUUGCUUUAGUGGAUGCCUACAUUGGCAUUGCCAGUCUCUGCCAUGACAAGACCAAGGUUUUGCAAUAUAUAGCAGUCAAUCUAGUGCAUGGCGGCCAUGUGAUGGACUCUGCAGAUUUGGAGGUGGUGCAGAGUGUUGCUGAGACUUGCUUCAGCACAGUGUUGCCUUUCCGGGGCAACGGACCACACAUCAUCUCAAAUGUUAUCACCACUUCUGGCAACUUUGAUUUGUCAAGACUCCUACAGGGUUUGAAGAAUGGGCUUUGGGAUUCAACAAACAGGAGUGACCCUGUUCUGUUGGGAUUCAGUGUUGAUGUAGCAGCUGAGAUAGUCAAGAUCAAUAGCCUCAAUCUGAACAAACUACUGCAGGCUUCCCAAACUCCUCUAGGAACAGAAAGGAGUCUUAGCACCAAACUCAACCAGCUGGCAGUAUUGCCCACCUAUAGCCAUGCGAGAGACAAAUUGCAGGCUCUGAAGAGUUACCUUGCACACAGCAAUGACAGCAGAGUUACAAAUGCAGGAGCUGUUUCUCACAGUCCCCUACGUGACUUUCUCCAGACUGAGUGGGAUGAUCUCAUUGAUUUGGUGUCCUUGCUCCUCUCACAGCUCCAACAGCCCGGUCUAUACACGCUGACCUUCGCUUUCCUCCUCAAACUCACUGACUUGUCUCGCUUGGAGAGGAGAGCAGAGUUGCUCUGUGCUUAUCUCUGGCGUCGCAGUACUUCAGAUCCACCUGGUGCCUAUCGACUAUCUGCUUUCAGAAAAGCCAGAGGCUUCCUGGUGGCAGUGAUGAGAGAGGCCGCUCGAAUAAAUCGCAGAUGUAUCAGUGAAGUAUCGCUGCAUUUUCAGGUUGUGUGUAAUAGCACACACCCACCUUCACUUCCUCGGCAUUGUGCAUUAUUGUGUGGCCUGGAGCUGAAAGGGGCAUCAUGGGAUGCACAGCUGGGAGCCCUACAGGACACACUCUCCCCUCAGCCAUGCUCACUGCCGCUUCUUUACGUUAAGGCUCAAGUCAAGAGCACAGACGCUGCUCGAGAUGUGUUGUCUUGCGACUGUGCAUAUUUAAAGGACUCCUGCAGCGUUCAAGUCGAGGAUGUCUCUCCAUUGACUUCUGCUCAGUUACCAGUCUACCACUGCCCGCUCUAUCUGGACGAAGAGCAGGACAGUGGAACCUGGGAACUAGCUGAUGUUAACAUUAUCACAAAGAUUCCCCUUCAUGCCAACCUAAAUCCUGUUUUGUGCACUUUGAGGCGGGUGAGGCUCGUAAGUACGCUCUGA